AUGGAGACUGCCACGAAGAAGACGGCCCGCGGUGCCAACGGCAGUGGCCGGACGCGCGCGUAUUAUGGCUACUCGCGUAAUGGCUGUUCCAGAUGCAAACAGCAGAGGCUACGUUGGUCUGCGAAACAUGAGGUCUUCCGGGCCGAGCCAGGUCAGAAGAAGCAGCAGGCUCGGCGCAAGCAGGCCCAGAAGUCCGAUGCGCCGGCCGCUGCAGCUCCCGCGCCCGCCCCGAUACCCGCGCAACAGGAACUCCACGCUCCUACGCAGACGCACGAUCUCGCAAGCUCUCCCCGACAACAAGCACAGCGACAGAUCACAACCCCUCGAUCGCAACACAGUCCCUCCUCGGCAGACGGCGCCCAGCAGCAUCCUCUCCCCUCGCCAAUGGGAACCGGCACGAAUACGACGACCCCAACGACGCAGUUCGCCUCUAGCGUCGGCAGCCCGGAGCCUGAGAUGACCAUGCCCCAUUCUGUCCCCUUCAACAGCAACCUUUCGAGUAACCCACGAAACGUGGCUUGGGCCAACCUUUUCGACCACAUUCCAGUGCCGAUCCAUGAGUUCCCCGAAAUAUAUAUGGGCAUCAACAACCCCUUAUUUGCAGCCCAGAAGGCACUGGAUGGCGAUGCGAUGCUCCAUAGCAAUCUUAUGGUAACCGCUGGGCUUGAUGGAUCAUGGACUGGCGGGUUCCCGAGUGGCACGAGCAUGGCCAUGCCAAGCAUAAUGUCUACGGCACAGCAGAGCAGCACAGCUCCGUCUACGUUACCAACCGAAAACGGCGAUGAUGUGGAGUACAUUUCGAGAACGGAUGGAUUUCCGCACCGGGUAUCGACUGAGUCACCUCCGGAUAACCUUACGUCCGCGCCCAGCGAUGGACUCGAUGGACUCCUUCGGGGAAGGUGGCCGCAUCUUCCGAGCCACACCAGUUUAGCCCUCGAUACUACCACGCGGCCUUCCUACCAGGUAGAAAGCCGGUCCGACAGUGAGGUAGACGAAAACGUGAGUGAGGUGAUUUUUGGCCACGCAUCACCGGCUUCAGAGGCGCUGCAGCUGGCCCCCGUUCAGGGUUGCCAAAGCAGCCCGUCCCUCUCGAUCACUUCUUUGAACGAUAUUAGCACUGUGCUUGUUGAAUUCUACUUCAAGGUGACGGCACAGGUAUACUCGUGCUACGAUAGCCGCAUGAACCCUUUCCGUUCGGCUGUCGUGCGCACUUGGAACUCGUCGAGAAUCAUUUAUUGCACCCUCCAAAGCAUGGCAGCAGCGUCUCUUGUACGUGAUUUCCCAGAGGUUGCGUCGAUCGGCCGCCAACUGCGCCAAGAAGCUGCCGAGCUGCUAGCCAAGACAACCGAGUGGGACGCCAACUCGAUGCUUGCGAUUCUCAUGCUGGGUGGUACAUCCAGCUGGCAUGACCCUCAAGAUCUCGGUCUGCCGUUUUUCAACCAGAUUGCCGCGUGUCUUUCCACUAUGCCAGCCUCGACGUUUGGCGAGGCCGGCGGUGACCGCAGCUUCCGCUUCUUCCGCGAGUCGAUGCUGUACUGGGAAAUGCUUCUUGCGUUUGUCACAGACGACGACACCAUAUCGACGGUCCCCGACGAACGCCCAGAUUCGUCAGAACGGCAUUUCGGUCCCCAAUCCAUCCCCGGACCUCGUGUGCCCCAUCCCUGGACGGGUUUCUGUGCGGAGACUCAGCUGGCAGUUCUAAAGGUCGGCCGCUUGAUCCGGCGGCAACGCAAAUUCAAUUACGCGCAUCGCUUCGCCUCCAUGGCGCACAUCAACCAGCUCAAGAAGGAUAUGGCGACCGCAAGAGAGCUGGAGGAGCGCCUUGUGAACAUUUCACAUCCGACAGAGCAAUCGGUCAAGGACACGGAAGACCGCAACACACCCGUGUGGCACCUGCUCACGUUGGCUGAGAUCAUUCGGAACACGGGUCUUGUCCAGAUCUACCACGUCUUCCCCGACCUGUUGUCGGCCCGCCUACGACGGGAACGGCGAGGUGCCAACGGCGACUACGCCCACCUGGGCACGUCGUUCCAGGACGACAACGGCGCAGCGGACGAGCCCGCGAUUACACACGAGGAGCGCGUCAAGUGGCUCACGUCGUACACACUGCGCAGUCUGGAAAUGAUGAAGACGAUACCCAUCGAGUCGGGUACCCGCGACUUCCAGCCGUUUUUGCUCGUCGCUCUGUCGAGCGAACUGCGCAUCACAAAGAAGCGACGGCCCGGCGGCGCCGUCCCCAGCACAGUGGGCGGCAUGGGCGGCGCUAGCCUGCCGCUGCACGCGCUGCUCAACCUGGACAUGGAGACUGUGGAGGUGACGCGGGCGCGCGGUUUUAUUGAGAGCCGGUUGAAUGCCUUCUUGCACGUGCUGCCGCCGAAACCGAUCCAGGCCUGCCUUAACAUUGUCAAGCAGACAUGGGUGGAAAUGGACCAGCAGGCGGAGGCGCGGGCCAAGUGCGUCGCCGGAGGGGGAUUGGGGAUGGAGGGCGAAGCGGAUGUGUACUGGAUGGAUGUGAUGAUCCAGAACGGCUGGGAGACAAUUAUGGCAUAG